UCACUUAAUGAGCGCGCUCCAGUUGGAGGCGCGUGCCACACCAACCAUUUGGGUGGAUUGCCACAUCAUAGUUGGAGUUGGAGUUGGAGUAGAAGCAGAAGUCGGGCUGGACUGGAUGGAGCUGAGUAUAAAACGACCCGAGGACUCGAUAGAUUAAUUACUUCGAUUCCGAUCUCCGUCGAGUGCAUUACAUUAGCCCCAGAGUUCUCAGAGCACCACCACAGACCAAAAACCAAAUGAUGGGAAAAUUGAGCUUUCUGUUCUGCCUGGGCCUGGCGCUGACUCUGAGUCUGGGCAACGCCCUGGAACUGCAGCCGGAGCCGGACUACGGACCAGUGGCCUACGAAUUCCACUGGUCGGUCAACGACCCGCACACCGGGGACAUCAAGAGCCAAAAGGAGGUGCGCAAGGAUGACAAAGUGGAGGGCGUCUAUGAGCUGAUCGACUCGGAUGGCUAUCGUCGCAUUGUCCAGUACAAGGCGGACGACCACAACGGCUUCGAGGCCAUUGUUCACCGAGAGCCCACCGACAUCAAGAUCCCUCAGCCCGAGGCACCCAAAAAGCUGAUUGCCGCCAAGCUCGUGGCUGCGCCGCUCGUCCACUACGCCGCCCCCAAGGCACUCAUCAAGCAGGAGCUGUCGCCAGAGAGUUAUGUGGAUUCAAUGGACACAUUGUCUUGAUCUUAAAUAUCACUCUCAUACAUGCCUCUCCCCUGCGAAAUAUUUGCUGAUAUUCAGAUCAUUCCAGUUGGCAGAUAAAUUGAAAAGAUUUCUGGUACAAUCGAUGUCCAAAAAUGUGUAAUAUCUGCAACGAACGUGGGCUACAAAAAUGUACCCUAAAACUGAUAAGAUAAUCGACUACUGGAAGCUGAUACGAGCGUAGCCAAAAAUCCAGAAAUUAUAAAUUCCCCAAACAGUUGGCAUCGAUUCGGCAGAACCAAAAAAAUGCUCAUCGAGUGCAGAGUUCAGAGAUCGGAGUUCGGAGUUCGGAGUGUGUGGAGCUGGAGCCAAGAGCCAAGUGCCAGCAGAUCCAUCGAAUUGGAAGGCAUUUCUUGGACUGCAAAGAUCACUUGCUGGCUAUCGACGAGUGCGGGUAGAAAUGCUUGAAUGUGCAUUACGGAAGCAGCGACAACUGGUGAUUAUAAUGCCGAUAUGUGGACCGGCCCGGCC